GCAUUCUGGCACCCGAAACACACACGGCAAGCAGAGCAGCACUACUUUGCCAAUGGCACGCAGCAGCCCCACAGACCCCUCUCCGACUCCCACCGGCAACUCCUCCUCCUCCUCCUCCUCGGCCUCAAACUCCUCCAGUGACCCACCAGCCUCCCCACGCGGAACCUUUAUUGUCUUCGAGGGCAUCGACCGGAGCGGGAAAUCCUCCCAAACUGCAGCACUAUGCUCCCGCCUCACCACCGCAGGCGUGCCCGUCGUCCUUAAACGGUUUCCGGAUAGGACCACAUCCACCGGGAAGAUGAUCAGCGCCUAUCUGGAGAACACCGCGCAAACCAAAGCGGAACGGAUCCGGAAUGGGGCGGCAUCUGACGCGGCUGCCGACGCCACGGCGGAGGAGACGGAGUUAUCCGAUCAGGCUAUCCACGUUCUGUUCUCGACGAACAGGUGGGAGGCGCAGACGGCUAUCAAGCGGCUGCUGAGGCAGGGGACGACGGUGAUUGCGGAUCGGUACGCGUAUUCUGGGGUCGCUUACACCGCGGCCAAAUUCACCACAUCCGCAACGAACCCGACCACCAGCACGGAGGAUAGCCAACCACCACCAACAGCUACCAACUUCUACAACACCCUCUCAUGGUGUAAAAAUGCCGACAGGGGCCUGCUAACUCCCGACGUCGUCGUCUUCAUGGACAUUGACCCAGCCGUCGCCGCCGCACGCGCAGAGUACGGGAACGAGCGCUACGAGAAAAUCGAGUUCCAGCGCGGCGUUGCGAGUAUAUUUGAGGUGUUGGGAGAGGAGGAGGGUGUGGGCAGAUGGAAGAAGGUGGAUGCGGCACGGAGCGCGGAGGAGGUGAAGGAAGGUGUGUGGGGCGUUGUGGAGCCUGUCAUGCAGCGUGUGGCGGCGGAAAGGAGGGGUUGUAGAGAGGACUUGUGGUUGGAUUGAUGCCUUAAUGCGGCCGUGGAUGCAGUGCGAUCGAAUGUAUUGAACGACCUGUGCAUCGCGAUACCCAUUCCCCACGCCUCUACCGACCCUUCUGUAGCAUGUCAGCAGCCUUAUCUUCCCUUCCAGAGAAAGCGAGCG